AACCCAAAAUUACGAUUUUUUAAGCUUCAAAUUACCAAUAACUUCCAUUUUUUUCACCACGUAAUAAGUCAAUUUACUGUAUUAACCAGGUGUUAGACUCGCCGAAAAAAGAUCUAUGCCAAAGUAACAUUAACAGAUCAAGGCCACGCAGUUUCUAUGACGAAGGCCCUGUGUCAAAAAAAAAAAAAAAAAAAAAGAAAAAAAAAAAGUUCGGCCACAUUUAUUUAAAAGCGAGGGGGUCACAACUUAUCUAUAACACUCUCGCGACUCUCCCCGAUGAGAGCUCUCGUGUAGCGGUCGAAAGAACCUGAACCAGUUAACGAAGAGAUGGGGUGUUAUCAUAUCGUUGUAACGGCCUCGUUACUGUUACUCUCCGUGACUGCUGUUGCUGCUUCGCGAAACAAGGCCGUUGUAGAGUACGAUAACGGAGAAAUUGGUCAGUACAAUGAGACCGUUAUUCUUCGUGGCAAGGUAGUUCAGCGGAACAACCACUUUUCGAAAUGUUUAGAGGAUUUUAAGAAAAAAAGGUCAGCAGUGAUUUACAACAGUGCCAACAACACGUGCAUUCUCCUGCCAACCCUUGUCUCGCUGAAACACGAGCGGGAUGUAGUGAAGACGGGCCUCGAUCCGGGACCUUACCCUCAAGUAAGCCUCCAAGCCGACAGUUACGCCAAAAAAACGAGAAAUUUGAGAAAGCGAUUGGGUAAAAAAAUUAUGAAAUUCUGCAAAGGCAAGAAAUUACUUCCGACUCAUUUUGAGGAAGUUAAAAAGAUUGUUGAAGCAGAUACCAACGUAUCAGACAAGGACAUCAUUAUUAGGAAAGAAUAUUCCCGGGGUUUUCUCGCCCCGAGGCCAAGAAUUCUCUUCGGUAUCAUUUUGAGUGGGUCUGUGACAGGGACGCUGACCGUCACUUCAAACAUUGAUAUUAACAUCAGUAUUGGCUCGGCAUCUGGAUCUACUGGGACCUCAACCACUAAUACCAAUACAAAUACUAAUACCAAUAACAACAAUAAUAAUAACAAUAAUGGUGGUAGUGGUAGUAGCAGCAAUAACAAUAAUAACAAUAACAAUAAUAAUAACAAUAACAACAACAAUAACAAUAAUAAUAACAAUAAUAAUGGUUAACUUUAUAAAGAAGGAAAUUCUGCAAGUGUCCAGGCAAGAAAUCAUUGAUGAAAUUAGACAUUAGCUUUGAAAUCCAAAAAUGAAUUGAUAUAUGUAUUUUCACCACAUUUAUGAAUGUACAGUUACUAUAUUAUUCAAAUUGGAUGCUUAACCUCGGACCUGUAAGAAUGAUGAGGAUGCAACAUCAUACAUAUGUAAAUUGGAUGUAUGGAUUAUUAAAAUGAGAAUUAAU